CACUUUUGUUGUGCUUGUUUGGUUUGGUAAUAUGGUAACAAUGAAAUGGUGGGAUGAUUUAUGGUUAAAUGAAGGAUUUGCCAGUAUACUUAUGUAUUUUGGUAUGAACGCGAUUUACCCUGAAUGGAAUGUGUUUGCCACACAAGUCGUAGAAGACAUGUUCCCAGUUAUGGAUAAAGAUGCGCUGUCUACGUCACAUCCUGUAUCUACGGAAGUCAAAGACCCUAAUGAUAUUCCACAAUUUUUUGAUAUAAUUUCAUAUAACAAGGGUAUGGCUAUUCUAAGAAUGAUGGGUAGCUUUAUAGGAUUAGAUAAUUUUAGAAUGGGGCUUCAGAUGUAUGUCAAGAGAUAUAAGUUUAAAAAUGCAGCUAGAGAUCAGUUGUGGCAAACCUUUACUGAGGCAGUAAACAACACGUUCGUAAUAAAACCGAUCAUGGAUACAUGGACUCGUCAGAUGGGUUACCCUGUAGUUAACGUACUUCUUACUGAAGGCGUUUUUACCUUACAACAGAAAAGAUUUCUUAUAAGUGAUGAAGGCACAGAAAAUGACGAUAACCCGCUUGGAUAUAAAUGGUACAUUCCCUUUACUUAUGUGACUGAAAAUAACCCAACACAUAAAAAAACUGCAUGGCUGAACUUAGGAUCAAAUACUAUACCGAAGGCUGAUGGUUGGUUGUUAGGAAAUUAUGAUUACACUGGUUUUUAUAGAGUGAAUUAUGAGACGGAAAUGUGGAAAAAAUUAGCUGAACAAUUAGUUACAAAACAUACGGUAUUUUUAGAAACCAAUAGAGCUGGACUGAUAGCGGACGCCUUUGCUUUGGCCAGGGCGAACUUAUUAGAUUAUUCUAUAGCACUGAAUAUGACUGUUUAUUUAAAAUCAGAACAAAGUUAUAUACCAUGGAGAGCUUUUCUCGAUUCUAUUAAAUUUCUACGUGGAAUGAUCGCUAAUACAUCAGCUUACGGUAAAUUACAGAAAUAUUUAAGUAAUUUGGUUGAUCCAGUAUUUGAAAGAGUUGGUGCUUCUGAUACAGGUAAUUUACCUAAAAGAUAUUUACGUCAAAUUAUUAUGACGAUGGCAUGUGAAGUUGGUGUAGAGAAAACUGUUAUUUAUGCCAAAUCUAUGUUUAAUGCGUGGAAAAAGUUCAGUACAAAAUUACCAACAGAUUUUGCUAUGAUAAUAUAUUCUGUGGGCGUCAGGGAAGGCGGCGUGGAAGAAUGGGACUUUGUUUGGACUAGAAGUCAGAAUACUAAUGUAGCUUCAGAAAGAGCUAUGAUGAUGGAAGCGCUUGCUCAAACACAGAAACCUUGGUUACUGUGGCGAUACAUCAACUGGGUAUUUGAUCCAGAAAAAAUAAACCUCCAGGAUGUUCGUCUCGUGUUUAGUUAUUAUGUUAAAAAUCCUUUAUCAAGAAUGGUUGCCUUAGAAUUUUUGAUGAGUCGGUGGAACGAUCUUAAUAGAAGGUUCGCUAAUGAUAUGCCUGAAAUAAUUACGGAGGUGACACCAUUUGUAAAUUCUGAAUACACCUUAAAACAGUUGGAGACAUUAAUAGCAGAACAGCCGCCAAAGUCAGCUUCUAAAGCCGCAGCGAACACAUUGGCCCUUAUUAGAGCUAACAUUAAAUGGAUGAAGAACAACUAUGCUAAAACUACAGAAUGGCUGGAUAACCGUGUUAACCUGUCCAGGGCAGAUAACCAAUGACAUUUGUAAUAUUCAGUUAAUUUGAUCAACCCAAACUUUUUUCAUCAUGUAUACUCAUUUUCUAUAAAUUAAUGUUAAAAACUAUUAUAAAUUCUAUGUUAUCGUUAUAUUAGUACAUUUUAUUAUCCUUAUUAAUAUUUAUGUUGGAAUAAAAUUUGUCUGUUAUA